AAAAAUUGACAGUACUUGACAGAUGAACUACUUCUUAAUUUUAUGUAUACAUGUCUUUAUAAGCAAUCCUCUAUAUGUCAAACCCAAAACAACUAACCAAACCAUAUUGUCUCCCCAACUAUCUUUAGCUUCUUAGGCAAAUUAUGGAACUCAUUGCAUGUCCAGAAGAAAAAGAAUCUCAGUCCUGUCCUGAUCCUUUCCGCUCAGAAUCUUUUACCUCCUCUUCCCUCUCCUCUCAACCAAGUCUGCCAUCUAUUCCUUCCCUAACACCGCCAUCUUCGCAGCAAACCUCCACCAUCCACCACUACUGCCUAGCUACCCUCAGAGGCCAGUCUUCCUACGUAUUCUCCCUAGCUUUAGCCGGAAAAUUCCUCUACAGUGGCUCUUCAAACAGCGAAAUAACUUUAUGGAGCAAAUACCCUUGGACGCAUCAAGAUUCAAUUAUCAAAGACACUGUAGGUACUAGUAAUGGAGCUGUAAAGUCACUAAUUAUCAUAGGAGACAAGCUCUUCAGCGCUCAUCAAGAUUGCAAGAUUCGUGUAUGGAAAAUUGACAACAGCAACAAAAAGCAAAAUUAUAAAUGCAUAGCCACACUUCCUACAAUAAAAGAUCGUUUUUCAAGAUUCUUUUCGAGCAAGAACUACGUAAAAGUCAGAAGACACAAAAAAUGCACAUGGGUUCAUCACGUCGACACCGUUUCAGCACUAGAAAUGUCAAAAGACGGCUCUCUUUUAUAUUCUGCUUCAUGGGAUAGAACGUUCAAGAUUUGGCGAACUUCGGAUUUUAAAUGUUUGGAAUCCAUAGCAAACGCACAUGAUGAUGCCAUUAACGCUAUAGUUUUGUCAAACGAUGAGUUUGUUUAUACGGGUAGCGCAGACAAGAAAAUUAGGGUUUGGAAGAAAUUACAUGCAAAGCAUUCAUUGGUUUCAACAAUGGAGGGUCAUAUGUCAGCUGUCAACGCUUUAGCAAUUAGUACAGAUGGGUCUGUUCUUUAUUCUGGUGCUUGUGAUCGGUCAAUUAUUGUUUGGGAAAAAGAUACAGACAGUAGCGGAGGAGGCGGAGGACAUAUGGUGUUGGCAGGUGCGCUUAGAGGUCAUAGAAAGGCGAUUUUGUGUUUGGCAGUUGUAUCAGACUUGUUGUGCAGUGGAUCUGCCGACAGUACAGUUAGGAUUUGGAAGAGAGGAGUAGGGACGAAUGAUUAUACUUGUCUAGCAGUUUGUGAAGGACAUAGAAGAGCAGUUAAGUGUCUGAGUGCUACCAUUGUUGAUAGCGAUGAUAGCAAUAACAAUAGUGAUAAGGAACCAGGUGGUACAUCUUAUUUGGUUUACAGUGGUAGUUUGGACCUUGAUGUUAGAAUUUGGAAAAUAGUUUUGGGUUCUAAUUCUUCCAUUUUAUGAUAUUUUAAGUAUUUGUUUAUUUUGUGAAAAACAUGGAGCUUUUGUAUGUAAAUAGGGGAGUUAUCAUAAAAUUAAAAGAUAAGGAUAGGGAUUGGAAGUGUGUGUACUGUGUAGAAUUCCCAAUUUCUUUAGUUUUACAUGAACAACUCAUGCAGUGAUGCAAGGUUAGGGGAGUGAUACUUUUCAUCAGUAAAGAUAAUAUUUACUCAAUUACUCACAA